CACAGUAGCAGGGUAUCCAGGGUAUAAAAGAAGCUAGUUGACUCGACUAAGAUCAUAGUUUAAUCCCAACGUUCUUCAACACAGACCUCCUGCACAAAUUCAACAAUCAAACUUCCUUUCAAAAAUGUUCAAGUUGGUGGUGUUGUCGACUUUGUUCGCCCUUGCAGCGGCCCGUCCAGGAUAUGGUUAUGCCCCCUUGGCUUACCACGCACCGGCUAUCAUUGCAAAGCCGGAGAUCUACUACGAAAAGAGCAUCAUCGAGGAACCAGCGAUUGCACAUGUCGGAACGGUUGUGAAGCACAUCCCGACUGCAGUUUCCCAUCAGAGUUCAACCGUUGUUCACAGUUCGGCCAAAUACGCUGAACCCAUUUAUGCGCCAACUGUGAAGCACACCGUUGUUUCCACUCCGAUUGUCAAGACCGCCUACCAUUCAUAUCCUGCCUACGCCUACGCACCGGCGCUGCACCUGGGACAUCUGGGACAUCAUUACUGAAACUGACCGGAAGCGAACGCUCGAACCAGGAUGAAUGCGGACCAUCAGGAAAUGGCGUGGAUCAUUUAGUUUAAAUUAAUUCGUUGCCAAAACGGAUACAAACUCGUGAUAUGUAAAUUAUUCGUUUUUUUCAAGAAGUCAUCGAUGACUAGCUGCUCGUUGUAACUGGACAUUGCCAUGACAAACGUUCAAAACGUUUGCAGUGUUUCAACUGACCCCCACGACGGAAGGAUCAGUCUUCUUUUGUUCACUUUGAUUGUUGGUGAAAGAUGAGAGGAUUGAUUGGAUAGCUGCGAAUAAAUGUGAACCAAAAAGA